UCUCUGGCCUGAGCACUUCCAUUUGCCAUGGGUGUGGCCAUUAAAAAAAGAGAGAGAGAGAAAAGAGAUCUUUAAAAAUGUGUCUACAAUCAGACACCCAGGCAUCUUCUGCCUUCUCAGGUCAGCAGAUAAGUGUUAUAUGCUCCCCUGUGGAGGAUAAUAACAUGCAUCUUAAAUCAAGGACCCCAGAAAGAACAGUAGCUGCUGCUGCUUCAAUGCCUCAGGCAAAAUUUAGCCUAAGUCAGGGAAUGUUUGCCAGCACCACUAGAGAAUAAUGACCUUUUCCAAACCACCCCCAUAAUCACUGCUUAGAGUAUACUUUUCAAACUCUCCCUCUGGUUCUGGCUACAGAAAGGCAAGCAUGAUCCCUGCCACAGACAACUGUUGGUGGAUUGGGACAGACCUACCUGGAUCCCCAAAUAGAUGAGAGUCUACCACCUGGUGAGUGGGAGAGCUAGCUCUUCCAUGGGCCAAGGCCUCAGUUUCCCCUUCAGGGGAUGAGCACCCUCUGUUCUGUGGCUGGAGAGUAUGCUGGGUCUGUGCCCUGCCAAGUUCCUCUGACUCGGGGGAGUUCCCCGCAGCUUAGUAGACUCCUAGACGCCUGUCUCCCUAAGGGCUGAUGAGGAGCUGAGACUGAGGCAGGCAAAGAGGGAAACACGCAGAUUUCAAGAGAAAACCCCAUUUGGUCUGGAUUCAGUCUCCGCCACUGAUUCCCCAUAACUAUUUUACCUUCAUGUUUUGACCAUGUGUUUCUGAAACCUGGAGGCCAGGCCAGUGUCACAGGCUGCAUGACAGUGUAUCUGGCAGACCAGGACCCAUCUCCACGUGUGAAACAAUGUUGGGCCCUCCCAGAACCAGACUUCUUGGGACCAUGGCCAACCCCCACCGCAGCCCCGUCCCGCCCCGCCCCGCGCUGCCCGGGUGAGGUUGCUGAUGUUGGGGGAUGCAGGUUUUUCUUGAAUUGGACGCUGCCUUCUCCAUUUCCUCCGUGGGCAAGGCUGUCUGUUUUUAUUUUGAGCCUGAUGCAGGAGAGGCAGCCCACACUUCGCGGCGCGCUCUGUCUUCCUCCGUUUCCACGCGGCUGCCAUCUGGAUGAAAGGUGGGGAGGUCUGCACAGCAGCGGGACGCGGCUCAGUCCCAGGACUGGAGACCCCACCCCGGCAGCUCUUAAGUUCUUGAGAAGCUUCCACUUUGGUUUUCUGCCCUUCAGCCCUUCCUUGAGCAAACAGGUCCUGAGCACUAGUGUCACUGGCCCCCAGGCGGCUCCCUGGAUGCUCACGCCCCCCUACUAUGAGUAUUUUGCUCUGCCCUGGCCCACCUUCCCACCUGUUACUUUAGGAACUGCUGAGGUGGAAAGGAGAGAAUGCUUGGGAUACGGGGCAGUGUAUUCAUGCUGAGAUCUAGUGUUAAGGGAGUCAGGAGACCAGCCCAGCCUCGCAUCUCUGCAGUUCCCAUGUGGCAAGACCCCUCUCAGAGCAAAAAGCCACAGGUGGGGUAAAAAUAAACUCUCACCUGACUAAUCAUUCUUUGAGUUGAAGAUGUAUAAAGCUUGAUUUAAUACGAUAGUAAUUUGAUCCCAAUCCCGAAACUGUUCUAUAGGCAAUGAGGUUGGUGACUGCAUCUUAAUCUUGUAGCAGUUUACAAUUUAAAAUUUGUGCAGGCAUUUAGAGGAGGCAAAAUGGGCAUUUAGUAUCUUUUUCUGGGAGUGGUUUUCUCUUCUCUGCUUGACUUUCUUAUCUUCACCUGAGCUAAUUAUUACUUUUUUUUUUUUUUUCUUCCCACUUAUCUUAACCUGGCUGGUUGGUUCACCAAGCUAGAGUAAAUGCUAGGAUGGGGAAUAUGCAUUCAGUUUUAUUUAAACCAGCAUCUUAUGUCUGGGGAAGUCUUACUGUUACCUGCAGACAAUUAACUGAGUUUGGAAAGUUUUAUUUGGUUUGUUGUUGACAAAAGCUAAGUCCCCGGGUAGCUGUUAAUUUUUCCGGGUGAUUCCCAGAGGAAAAUCAAGUCACCGCAGGGCCCUACAUUUUUUUCCCUGUGGAACUACAGUGAACUGCAUAGUAUGGAAGUCUCAGAUUUGACUUCCCUUUUUUGUUCUGUAGAGUUUCCUUACAUUAAAGGAAGAUUUGGGGGAAAAGCCUAUGCUUAACUGAGAAGAUAAAGGACUCAGGAGGAGAACAGGAAGGGGUGCCCAAGCAAGGACAGGAACAAUGAAGAGAAACGUGUGUUAGUUGCAGCCCUCUGAACCACGCAAGAAAGAAAAUCAACAGUGUGGACAGGUCUGGAACCAUUACCCCACUUGUUUGUUGGAAUAAAUGAGGAAUGGGCUGGUGAUUAUGCUGACAUUCCAGCAUGAAUCUGGUAGACCUGUGGUUAACCCGUUCCCUCUCCAUGUGUCUCCUCCUACAAAGUUUUGUUCUUAUGAUACUGUGCUUUCAUUCUGCCAGUAUGUGUCCCAAGGGCUGUCUUUGUUCUUCCUCUGGGGGUUUAAAUGUCACUUGUAGCAAUGCAAACCUCAAGGAAAUACCUAGAGAUCUUCCUCCUGAGACAGUCUUAUUGUAUCUGGACUCCAACCAGAUCACAUCCAUCCCCAAUGAGAUUUUUAAGGACCUCCAUCAACUGAGAGUUCUCAACCUGUCCAAAAAUGGCAUUGAGUUUAUUGAUGAGCAUGCCUUCAAAGGAGUAGCUGAAACUUUGCAGACUCUGGACUUGUCUGACAACCGGAUUCAAAGCGUGCACAAAAAUGCCUUCAAUAACCUGAAGGCCAGGGCCAGAAUUGCUAACAACCCCUGGCACUGCGACUGUACACUCCAGCAAGUUCUGAGGAGCAUGGCGUCCAAUCAUGAGACAGCCCACAACGUGAUCUGCAAGACUUCUGUGCUGGAUGAGCACGCAGGGAGACCAUUCCUCAAUGCUGCCAAUGACGCCGACCUUUGUAACCUCCCUAAAAAAACUACUGACUAUGCCAUGCUGGUCACCAUGUUUGGCUGGUUCACCAUGGUCAUCUCUUAUGUGGUGUAUUAUGUGAGGCAAAAUCAGGAGGAUGCAAGAAGGCACCUUGAAUACUUGAAAUCCCUGCCGAGCAGGCAAAAGAAAGCAGAUGAACCCGAUGACAUUAGCACUGUGGUCUAGGGUCCAAACUGACUGGCAUGGAGAGAGAAAUCCGCUUGGGAUUGCAGUAGAAUAAGUGGUUUACUUCUCUCACCCAUUGUAAACAUUAAAAACUUUGUAUCUCCGUUUCUUUUGAAUUACGCCACUGUUGAACUUUUAACCAACAUGACGACAUAAGAAAUCAUUUUAGUUUAGGCGACCCACCCCUUAAUGGUACCCCCGGUGGUAUAUUCCUGAGUAAGCAACUCUCUGAACGUUAGUUAGAUCCAUCUCACUAUUUAAUAAUGAAAUUUAUUUUUUUAAUUUGAAACCAAAUAAAAGCUUAACUUUC